AUGAGAACCGAGAACCUCACUUCCGUGACAGAAUUCAUCUUACUGGGACUCACCGACCACAGGAAGACACAGAUUGUGCUUUUUUUCAUAAUUCUCCUCAUAUAUUCACUUACUCUUGUGGGGAAUCUGGUGAUCAUCAUCUUGGUGCGGGCAGACUCCCACCUCCACACCCCCAUGUACUUCUUCUUGACGCACCUCUCGGGACUCGAGAUCUGUUAUGUCACCAGCACCUUGCCCCAGAUGCUGGCUCACCUCCUGUCCGGAAACGGAGCCAUCUCCUUCACUCGUUGCAUCAUCCAGAUGUACAUUGUUUUGUCCCUAGGUGGCACCGAAUGCCUUCUGCUGGGGGUCAUGGCCUACGACCGCUACUUGGCCAUCUGCCGCCCCCUGGUAUAUGCCGUUGCUAUGGGCAGGUGGCGCCAGUUGCACCUUGCCUCAGCUUCCUGGGCAGGAGGGUUUUCCCUCGCGGUGAUAAAUGUGAUGUGCACAUUGCGUUUCCCCUUCUGUGGCCCCAACCAUCUCAACCACUUUUUCUGUGAGCUGCCGGUGGUGAUGAAACUUGCUUGCGGUGACAUUCACAUCACAGAAGCCAUCCUGUUUGUGGCGGCCGUGCUGGCUCUCCUGAUCCCCCUGUCUGUUAUCUUGACUUCUUACGGACUCAUCCUGUCCUCCGUGAUACGAGCACAGUCUGCCUCAGGACGCCACAAGGCUUUCUCCACCUGCGCCUCCCACUUGGCAGUCGUCACCAUGUUCUACGGCACCGUCAUUUCCAUGUACAUGAAACCCAGGUCGGGCACAACCCCUGACCGUGAUAAGCAAACAGCUGUAUUCUAUGUGGUGGUCACCCCUCUCCUCAACCCGAUCAUUUAUACUCUGCGGAACAAGGAUAUCCACAGAGCGGCAACUAAGAUGUUGAAAAGAAAAGGUCUGGAACAAAAAUACUGA